UAGUAAAUUUGUACCACAAAAAUAAUAUAUUUGAAAAGUGGCAAUGGUACAUUUUAGUGGCAACUAUUCAAUACGAAUUUCUCAUAAGCAGAUAAUUUGUAGAAUAAUUCUUCUUCUUCUCCAAUAGAAACUAUAGAAAUAUCCAACUCAGUUCAUCUCUUUCUCCAUUUUUGCUCAAACUGAUGAUCAUUUCCUUGAUGGGUUCAGCUUGAUAUAUAUAUAGCCGUACAUCUUCUUCAACUGGGUUCUGUUAAAGCAUUGUUCUUUUGACCAGGUUUGUUUGCAAUUUGUUUUGAAGGCAAAUUAAGAAUGGAUUUAUGGGUUGUUGCAGCCGCGACAGGUGCAGGUUACUUGGCCAAAUACUGGCAGUCGGCUAUAAAUAGUGAAAAGGAUGCAUCCUCUGUUCAUAAUCAUCAACAACAAUUUAAUGAAUCACAAGGAAUUAGCAGAAUUUGGGAUCAUAAGGAUCGCCCAUCCAACAUAAUUGGUUUAGAAAACUCCUUGGAAAGAAAAUCCAUUUGGGAGAAUAAUAUUACAGAAAAUGAGAACUUCAAUCUAGAAAGUACUUCUUAUGGCGUUCAUAGACAUGAUGAUAUAAUAGAUGAUUUGUUGUUAGCCACUAAAACAUUCCAUCCGGGCAUCAUCUCUGUUACAAGUAGAAAUCCCGUUAAACCACUUUCCACUAUGCCGCCGACUGUAUGUCCAGUUUUGGUAACCGAUGGACAUCGAAUUACAAACGUUGGAAGAAACCAAGAGAAAGAAAAGCCGCGGCCAAGGGAAAGAACUUCUUCGGUUAAUGAUCAUCAUAAGGGUAGUGCUGCAGCAUCAGCAGCAGCAAGAGCAAGCGGAGUUGUACUUUUCUUUAUUGGAAUCACUAUAGGUGUCAUGACUGCUGCAAAAACAUGCAAAGGAGAAAUGGAUUAUUUGGGUAAGAAGUUGAAGAAUUCAGACAGUUUGGUUCAGGAUUUGAUAGAUGAGUUGGAUAUGAAAGAGACAAUCAUUGUGCAAGAACUGGAUGAAGAUCAUCAACACAAACAGGGACUAUUUAUGAAUGAAAUCGAAACAGAGCUUGAAGCCGAGCUGGCCAGGCUGCAGAUUAUAGACAUCAGACAACCAUCUGCUAAUUUUUAUGAAGAUGACGAGGAAGAAGAUGACUUAGAUUAUGAUAUUGGGUCUGCCAACUACGCAGUUUCACCUAAAGAGCUCAAAUUGAGGCUUUAUGAGGUCCUAGAAUCGAGGCUUGAGGCGCGCAUAAGGGAACUAGAGCAAGCACUCAUGAUAAGCCAAGCCCAAGAGGGGAAUUAAAACUAUUGUUUCCUUAUAUGCAUCAAUCAAAACUAUUGUUUUUUCAUUGAAUCUAACUGGUUAAUAGAUCGGUUUG